AUGGUCGGCUCCAAGGACCUCCCGCCCUCCCACACGCCUUUCUUUCCCAACAUCUUCUUCAACAAUCAGUUCCGCGCCAAACCGCAAUGGCCAGCCCCAGGCACGACUCUCGCUGGCAAAACUGCCAUCAUCAGCGGCGGCAAUACCGGACUCGGAUAUGAGGCCGCAGUCCAGCUCCUGGGGCUCAACCUCUCUCAUCUCAUCCUCGCCGUCCGAACCCCCGCGAAGGGCGAGGCAGCGGCCAGGACGCUCAAGCAGCUGCAUCCGAAAGCGAACAUCGACGUCUGGGAGCUGGAGAUGAGCUCCUAUGACUCGAUUCAAGCAUUUGCCCGCCGCGUCGAGAGCAAACUGUCGCGCAUCGACAUCGUCAUUCUCAACGCGGGCACUCUGCGGCUCUUCUACACCACCGUCAAGAACAACAGCCACGAAGAGUGUCUGCAGGUCAACUACCUCUCCACCAUGCUGCUUACCGUCCUCCUCCUCCCGAUCCUCAAGGCUAAGCGGGAUCCGGGGCAGCCGGCGCAUCUGACUAUCGUCAGCGCUGCACUCACUCUAGCUGCGAAGUUUGCGAACCGGGACGCGAACCCUCUAUUCCCGGCUCUCGAUGACUCUAAGCAGUUCGACCGGCAGGAGACGUACAACACGUCCAAGCUACUCGCGCAUUUCUUCCUUUGGAACCUCGUCGACUACAUCUCUGCCGACGAUGUCAUUGUCAACUUGGCUGAUCCGGCGUGGUGCAAGGGCACGGAGCUAGCGCGCGACGUCAAGGGCGGGGCGAAGAUAGGUGUCAAGAUGUUUGGAGCCCUGACCGGGAGGACGCAAAAGGUGGGGGCCUCGUGCUUUGUCGAUGCGGUGGUGAACAAGGGCAAGGAGUCGCAUGGGUGUUUUCUCAUGAGCUGGCAGAUCCACCCUUUUGCCGCCUUCUUGUACACUCCUGAGGGCAAGGUCGUUAGGCAACGCGUCUGGGAGGAAACGAUGGCGGAGCUUCACUUUGCUGGAGUUCGCGGUAUUCUGGAGUCUAUAAGGGCAUAACGGAACAAAGCUUUAGGAAGACCGCUCUGUUUAAUAUAGAUGUAACGGGUCGUCUCUUCUAUACUUUCCAAGUGCUCACACAAGGCCAAGUACAG